GGUGCGAAAUUGGAUCCAAAUUUGUUUCAGGUGAAUCCGUCACUUUAUCCUCAGUUAACCGUUUUGCUGCUGGGAAUUGGUCUUUUCUUCAUGGCGUGGUUCUUCGUCUAUGAGGUCACAUCGACCAAGUACACUCGUAUGUUACUGAAAGAACUUCUGAUUGCCUCAGUGGCGGCAUUAUUCCUUGGGUUUGGAGCGGUUUUCUUGAUGCUUUGGGUGGGAAUUUACGUUUGA